AUGUCCACAAAGAAGGAUGUCGAAUUAAGGUCUGAGAGCAGUAUGUCCGAAAAAUUAGAGACAAGUGUGUUGUUAAAGUUCAUAAAACCUUUUGACGGAUCUCGUGAUAAGUUAUGUUCAUUCAUAAAUAAUUGCGAUAAUGCUUUUAAAUUAGCCUCUCAAAGUCAAAAGCCCCUUUUGCUAAAUUACAUACUAUGCCAACUCGAAAACAAAGCCGAAACCGCUGCGUCCAUUAAAGACUUUGAAAGCUGGGAACAGCUGAGCCAAUUUUUACAAUCCCAAUUUGGAGAGCGCAAGCAUUAUGCACAUUUAUUGUUAGACCUACAAGAGAGCCAACAGCUCUCUAACGAAUCGGUUAGCCAAUACUCCUUGAGAGUGGAAUCUAGCCUUUAUAAAUUACUAACCGAGAUCUCACUAUCUAAUAAGAAAAAGGUCGAACUGUCUGGUAAGAUAUCCGCUAUGGAAGAAUUGGCGUUACAUUGUUUUAUAAUGGGCCUUACCCCUAAAAUCUCUAAUUUUGUUAGAAUGAAAAACCCACAGAGCCUCAAUGAGGCCACUAAUCAAGCUAUUUUAGAGGAAAAAAUGCAAAUGCUUUUAGAAACUAAAGCGUCUCAGAACUAUAAACAAAAUCUCAAAUCCUAUCCUAUGCGUGACGGACGCCCUGUACAUAAUUUAAAUAAGCAACCGGCUCCCAUAUGUCGAUACUGUUCUACUACAAAGCAAAAAAUAAACAAUCCUUUUGUGUCCUCCACGUCCAGCCUACUUACUAAACAUGUUACAUUUGACACUAAUGUUUCGAAACCUACUAAAUCUUCAUGUGCAAAAUCUGUUAGCCAACUCCAAAAUAAGAAACAUACUCCGAGUCCUUGUCCUACUCCAAUAAUACCUACAAAAGACGAGUCAUUUAGAACAGAAAGAAAUUAUCCAGUCUACGAAGUAACAACAAAUUCACAGAAAAGAUACUUACCUCAUGUUAGUCUCAAUACCCAAGUCAAUCAACAACCGCUUAUAUUUCUUGUUGAUACAGGUUCCUGCGUAAGUUUGAUAAAGAAAACCUCGAUCACGUCUAUGCCAAAUCUCGUAGAUGAUAUAAUCCAACUCAAGGGAAUAAAUUCCAAUAACGAAACCGUACCUACUUUAGGUCAUUUUCAACUUCAAUUAUUUGUAGGCAUUGACACAGAUCUCGCUUAUCGAUUUCACGUUGUAGAGAAAAUAGAUUUAGGUUAUGACGGGAUAAUAGGUACCGAUUUUCUCAAUGAUUUAGAUGGCAUUAUAGAUUACAAUUCCGAUGUCCUAAAGAUCCGGAACUUCACUAUCAAAAUUGAUUAUAGUCGCCCUGUGUAUAAGAUAUUUCCCCGUAGUGAGACGAUAAUCGAAUGCACUGUCUCCAACCCAGAACAGAAAGUUGGAUUAAUCUUAGAUCAACACCUUUCAGACUCACUCUUAAUAGCCAAUUGCAUAGUUUCUGUAAAGAAUAAUAAUCGAGUGAAUAUAUCCGUAGUAAAUACAUCGGAGGAACUAAUAACUUUAGAUUCUGAUAUUAAAGUUAGAAUACAACCCCUCAAUGUCAAUUCCUUCCAAGUAGACCCUGAUAUCACCUCUGCUAAAUCGACAAUUUCUCGUAGGGAAGAAGUACUAAAUCUAUUAAGAACUGAUCACUUAAAUGAUGAAGAGAAAAACUCCUUAACCGAUAUUUGUUCGCAAUAUUUUGACAUUUUUUAUUUACCAGGUGACAAACUGACUACUACUGACCUUCUUAAACAUGAAAUAAAUACACAUCCCGCUGAGCCAAUUAAUGUGAAAUCUUACCGUUUCCCUGAGAUUCAUAAAAAAGAAGUAGACAAACAGAUUUCUAAAAUGCUCUCACAAGAUAUCAUUAAACCUUCAACUUCACCCUGGUCAUUCCCAAUUUGGAUUGUACCUAAGAAAUUAGACUCUUCAGGGGAGACCAAAUGGCGCAUCGUGAUAGACUAUCGAAAACUCAAUGACAUAACCGUAGGUGAAAGUUACCCAAUUCCACAGAUUAACGAGAUUUUAGACCAACUAGGACAGAGUAAAUAUUUCACUACACUUGAUCUUUGUUCUGGUUUUCACCAGAUAUCCAUUUCAGAAAAAGAUACCCCUAAAACAGCUUUCACUGUCCCUCAAGGACAUUUCGAAUUUAAACAAUAUUGGCGAAGACAAAGGACUGAAGGCGUUUACAAUUAA